AUGUUGCUGCUGAUAAUCUUCUAUCAUAAUGAAGCCACGCCCACAGAACAAGUGACUCCUGAAUAUUAUUGCAGAGCCCAGUGCACACUGGUGGAUCCAGAGAAGGUCUCAGGAGCGUUGAUUGAUGUGGCCAAGCACCUGGGCAAUCUGAAGUACAGAGUGUGGGAGAAGAUGCUGGGGACUGUUCAAUACAUUUCCUUUGUGCAGAUCAGUGCUGACGUCUCAUUCUCUGUCCCUUCAGCUCCUGUGACUCUGGACCCAAACAUAGCACAUCCCAUCCUCUCACUGUCUGAGGAUCUGACCAGUGUGAGACGCAGUGAUGAGAGUCAGCAGGUUCCUGAUAAUCCAGAGAGAUUUGAUACGGGGCAGUGUGUGCUGGGCUCUGAGGGAUUCAGCUCAGGGAGACACUGCUGGGAUGUAGAAGUGGGGGAUGAGCACUGGGUGGUGGGUGUGGCUAAAGAGUCCAUCAGCAGGAAAGGGGAUGUGAAUCCGAGCCCAGCAGGAGGAGUGUGGGGUAUAUGGCAGCUCAGUGGGAAAUGCACAGCCCUGACCUCCCCACCUACAGCCCUCACUGUGCAGAGGAAACCCCAGAGGGUCAGAGUGCAGCUGGACUGGGACAGGGGGGAGGUGUCAUUUUCUGACCCCAGUAACAACACUCCUCUCUACACUUUUAAACACUCCUUCACUGGGAGAGUGUUUCCAUUCUUCUGGCCUGUUUAUAUGCGGAUCUGUCCUCUGAAGGUGUCUGUAAGAGUGAAAUAGUGCUGUGGUUUGUGUGCAAGGAUCAGGUGAACAGACUGCUUCUUUCACUUUGACAAGAUUAAUGAGUAUAUUUGCAGAUAAUAUCUUUUACAAUAUUUUAUUGAGUCAUUUACAAAACAUAGAUCCAUUUCUGCAGCAGUUCAUGUUGAAUGUAACUUUGAAAUCUCAUGAUGUUGCAGUAAAAAUCAGGUUAAAAGAACUGCAUUUCAUCACAUCUGAGCAGCAUUAUUUAAAAUAUUUGCCGGUCAAACAGCAUCAACAAAAGAUUAUUUUAUUUGAAACGUUCUGUAGUGUUUCCAUGAAAAGUGUCUAAUUUCUUUUCACAUAACUUCCUGAUGUUAUCACUGAGUAAUAACUGUGCUAUACGGUGGUAGUGUAAGUAUGUGGGUUAGUGUGGAAUCAGUUGAGGUGUAAUAAAUCCACCAGUGGAAUCACUCCAUAGUGCUGCUCUUUUUCUGACCCGUCACCAGUGUGUCUCCCAG